GCCAUGGGCAGCCGGGACCAGCCGCAGCGCGAGCAGGAGCGCCGGGAGGGCUCCGGCCGCGGGUCUGGGCUCUUCGGAGCCAUGGGAUAGCGCCAGAGCCGGCCCGCGGACAAGCCGCAGCUCUGCUGCCCUGCACGGCGGCUCGGAGCGCGCCUGCGGAGCGAGGGCGGCACAAUAGCCGGGAGGAGGAGAGAGGGAAGGGGCAGGAGCGAGAAAGACGCACGGAGCUGCGGGACUCUGCAAGCCCCAGCCCCUGCAGGGGGGCACGGCGGCCCCCGGCCCGGGGCAGCGGGGGCUGGGUGCGCCAUCGGUCGCGUCCUCCUCCCCCGGCCCCUGCUCCUUUGUCCGCCCUCCCGUCGGAUGGCCGUGGUGCGAGCGUCCUUGUUCUCGGGCAAACGCCGGUCCCGCCGGGGCUGAAGCUGUAGGUGUUGGUGGGGGGCGACGAGGACGAGAGACCGUCCCAGGGACAGAAGCAGCUGCCUCUGCGUCCUCUUCUCCGGCGUGGAUCGCGAAGGAGACGCGUUUCGCGAGUUAACCCUUGUCUGUCUGCUUCUGUAGCUCCAUGUGAGAUUUGGCUGGCGUACUCCGCCCCCUGUUCCUCACCCUGGUCUAUUCUCGGAUGCAAAAUGGUGGACCCAGUGGGGUUUGUGGAGGCUUGGAAAGCUCAGUUUGCAGACUCGGAGCCUCCCAAGAUGGAGCUGAAGUCAGUGGGAGACAUUGAGCAGGAGCUGGAGCUGUGCAAAGCCUCCAUCCGGAGGCUGGAGAUGGAAGUCAACAAGGAGAGGUUCCGCAUGAUCUACCUUCAGACCCUCCUGGCCAAGGAGAAGAAGAGCUAUGACCGACAGAGGUGGGGCUUUAAGCGAGUUUCCCAUCUCCCUGAAGGGGCUGCAGAGCUGCAGAAUCAAGACCCACAUCACCAACCGGCUGAGCAAGGGGAGCUGGAAAAAAACAAGCCCCAUCACGGAGAGGAGAGGUUCAAGCCAAGGAUACCUUCUCUGCGGAAACUGUCCACCCAGAGCGACGGGUCAGACCUGUCGUUGCUGGACAGUCCCCACCACGGAGAAGGGGAUCAGGACAGGUGUAAAUACUACAGCGAAGAAAAGCUGAAGAGAGUCGCGGAGGACACGGAGAACCGCUGCGAUACAGAGGGGUCCCCUUCGAAACCCAGGCCGGCUUCCACUCGCAGGCUGGUAGGAUCCGCUGAGAAAGAGGGGUCUUUCGAGCCAAUUGCGAAGGAGAGAGGGAACACUACCAGCGUAGCGGCGCUGAGGUCCAAUUUUGAGCGGAUUAAAAAGAUAAAUUUGCAUUCCUCUACAGAUAGCAAGGAUGCCCCGGAGAAGCCCUUUUACGUGAACAUGGAGUACCACCAUGAGAAGGGGCUUGUGAAGGUCAAUGAUAAAGAUGUUUCAGAUAAGAUAAGCUCCCUGGGUAGCCAAGCCAUGCAGAUGGAGCGCAAGAAGUCUUUGCAUUCUCUUCCUCCGAACAUGGUAGCCAGCUUUAGCGAGUUCCAAAGGGCCGCCUACAGGGGGAGAUCCUCCGAGAGCACCUUUGGCUACGAUGGAGAGUAUGAGGAUGCUGAACUGAACCCCAGGUUUCUGAAAGACAACCUGAUAAAUGCCAACGGGGGCAACCGAGCACCAUGGCAACCAAUGGACUUUCAGCCCUACCAAAGCAUCUACGUUGGUGGGAUGAUGGGGGAAGGAGAAAGCAAAGGAUCUGUCCUGCGAAAUCAAAGCAUGUCUGACCAGGAGAAGCAUCUUACAUGGCCCAGGAGAUCUUAUUCCCCCAGGAGUUUUGAGGACAUUGGGGGAGGGUAUACUCCUGACUGUAGCUCUAAUGAGAACCUCACAUCCAGUGAGGAGGACUUCUCUUCAGGUCAGUCCAGCCACGUUUCUCCCAGCCCUACCGCUUACCGCAUGUAUCGGGAUAAAAGCCGUUCUCCGUCCCAGAAUUCACAGCAAUCCUUUGACAGCAGCAGCCCACCAACUCCUCAGUCUCAAAAGCGGCACAGGCCACAGCAGGUUGUUGUGUCUGAAGCUACUAUUGUAGGAGUACGAAAAACAGGGCAGAUCUGGCCGAAUGAUGGAGACUUACCAUCUGGGAGAAAUCAUCAGGACAGCUGUUUCCAUGGAGAUACAGAUGCUUCAUUCAGUGGGACGCCACCUAGCUAUGCCUAUGAUGCUGACCGCGCCGAAGAACAGCGGCGACACCAUGACAUGAUGCCCUACAUUGAUGACUCACCGUCAUCAUCACCACAUCUCAGUUCCAAGAGUCGGGGCAGCCGAGAUACCCUCUCUUCAGGGUCUCUGGAGUCCACAAAAUCAAGUGAGCCAGACUUGGAGAAGGGCUUGGAGAUGAGGAAAUGGGUCCUGUCUGGAAUCCUAGCCAGUGAGGAAACCUACCUGAGCCACCUAGAGGCUCUGCUGCUGCCCAUGAAGCCUUUGAAAGCUGCUGCCACCACUUCUCAACCUGUAUUGACCAGUCAGCAGAUUGAAACCAUUUUCUUCAAAGUGCCUGAGUUAUAUGAGAUCCACAAAGAAUUCUAUGAUGGGCUCUUUCCUCGUGUGCAGCAGUGGAGUCACCAGCAGCGUGUAGGAGACCUUUUCCAGAAGCUGGCCAGCCAGCUGGGAGUGUACCGGGCCUUCGUGGAUAACUAUGAAGUUGCCAUGGAGACAGCAGAGAAAUGCUGCCAGGCCAACGCUCAGUUUGCUGAAAUCUCUGAGAAUCUAAAGGCCAGAAGCACAAAGGAUUCUAAGGAUCAGACGACAAAAAACUCCUUGGAAACUCUACUGUACAAGCCAGUGGAUCGAGUGACACGCAGCACACUUGUUCUUCAUGAUUUACUGAAACACACUCCAGCCACCCAUCCUGACUACCCCCUCUUGCAGGACGCACUGCGCAUCUCUCAGAAUUUCCUGUCCAGCAUCAAUGAGGAGAUCACGCCCCGCAGACAAUCAAUGACUGUCAAGAAGGGAGAGCACCGGCAGCUCCUGAAGGACAGUUUCAUGGUGGAGCUGGUUGAGGGGGCUCGGAAGCUGCGCCACGUCUUUCUUUUCACUGACCUGUUCCUGUGUGCCAAGCUCAAGAAGCAGAUUGGAGGGAAAAGCCAGCAGUAUGAUUGUAAAUGGUACAUUCCGCUCACAGACCUCAGCUUCCAGACAGUGGACGAGGCCGAGGCUGUGCCUAACAUCCCACUUGUGCCUGAUGAGGAGCUGGACGCCAUGAAGAUCAAGAUUUCCCAGAUCAAGAAUGACAUCCAGCGGGAAAAGAAGGCGAAUAAGGGCAGCAAAGUCAUUGAGAGGUUGAAAAAGAAGCUCUCUGAGCAGGAGUCCCUGCUGCUGCUGAUGUCCCCCAACAUGGCUUUCCGGGUGCACAACCGCAAUGGAAAGAGUUACACGUUCCUCAUCUCAUCAGACUACGAACGUGCAGAGUGGAGAGAAAACAUCCGGGAACAGCAGAAGAAAUGCUUUAAAAGCUUCUCGCUCACAUCAGUGGAGCUCCAGAUGUUGACCAACUCAUGUGUCAAGCUUCAGACUGUCCACAACAUUCCCCUUACCAUCAAUAAAGAAGAUGAUGAAUCCCCUGGGCUCUAUGGAUUCCUGAACGUGAUCGUCCAUUCUGCCACAGGAUUCAGACAGAGUUCGAAUCUGUACUGCACAUUAGAGGUGGAUUCCUUCGGGUAUUUUGUGAACAAAGCUAAGACCCGUGUUUACAGGGAUACCACGGAGCCCAACUGGAAUGAGGAGUUUGAAAUUGAGCUGGAGGGCUCGCAGACCCUGCGGAUUCUGUGCUAUGAAAAAUGCUAUAACAAAACCAAGCUCACCAAAGAGGAUGGAGAGACCACUGACAGGAUCAUGGGGAAAGGCCAGAUCCAGCUGGAUCCACAGGUACUGCAGGACAAAGACUGGCAGCGGACAGUCAUCUCAAUGAAUGGAAUCGAAGUGAAACUGUCUGUGAAAUUCACCAGUCGGGAGUUCAGCCUGAAAAGAAUGCCAUCCCGCAAACAGACUGGGGUCUUUGGAGUCAAGAUUGCUAUUGUCACCAAGAGAGAGAGGUCCAAGGUGCCUUACAUUGUGCGCCAGUGUGUGGAGGAGAUAGAGCGGCGUGGGAUGGAGGAAGUGGGCAUUUAUCGUGUCUCAGGGGUUGCAACUGAUAUCCAGGCGUUGAAAGCUGCCUUCGAUGUCAACAACAAAGAUGUGUCAGUGAUGAUGAGCGAGAUGGAUGUUAACGCCAUUGCUGGGACAUUAAAGCUGUAUUUCAGAGAACUGCCUGAGCCCCUCUUCACAGAUGAACUGUACCCCAACUUUGCAGAGGGCAUCGCACUUUCAGAUCCGGUUGCAAAGGAAAGCUGCAUGCUGAACCUAUUGCUGUCACUUCCAGAACCUAACCUUGUGACAUUCCUUUUCCUUCUGGACCAUUUAAAAAGGGUUGCUGAGAGGGAGAGCAUCAACAAGAUGUCCCUGCACAAUCUGGCAACUGUCUUUGGACCAACGCUGCUGAGACCCUCAGAGAAGGACAGUAAAAUUCCUGCUAACCCAACCCAGCCCAUAACAAUGACUGACAGCUGGUCACUAGAAGUCAUGUCCCAGGUUCAAGUUCUUCUUUACUUCCUGCAGCUGGAAACGAUCCCCACCCCAGACAGCAAGAGGCAAAGCAUCCUCUUUUCCACAGAGGUAUAGAGGUCUGGUUUUAGCAAGGGGACUUGUAGAACUGCUCUCAGUG